AUGUCUAGUCUUAGAAUUGUUUCUUAUUUUGUAUUGAUAGCUUCCCUAGAUGCUUGCAUCCGUACGAUUCCACCGGAAGAUGUAGGAUUUUCUGUGGAUCCGACUGAAAUUCCCGUGGGUCCAACAGUUCAACCGACAGAACCAACCGUAACAACCCCAAGAGAAAUCACACAUCCAACGGAUGCUCCAACAAAUGCUCCAACAGAUGCUCCAACUGAUGCACCAACUGAGCCACCACCUCCACCAAUGAUGAGUUUUUUCUCAAAAUAAAU